GUACGAGUCAGUAGUCGGUAGUAGUGUUUUAGACUUUGUCGGUGGCGGUCGUGUCGCUAGCUUGAAUAAAUGCUCUUGCUUUUUGCAAAAUUUUCUUGACAGUUCGCAAAUUAAUUAUAUAAUUGUGAUAAUAACACAAUUUAUGAAAUUGUCAUCAUAACAAAGAUAUGUCCCUCAAACUUUCAAGCGUCGUCUGUUUUUUUGGGCUUUUUAUUAUAGGAAUAGUAAAAAGCGAAGAUGAAAGCAGGAUAUCAUUCAACUCUGAUGAAUUGAAAAAGAAUGCUCUGGCCGACGCUGUUAAUGAUUUUGGUUACAAAAUAAUGACCAAGAUGAUAAAUGACAAUUAUGAUAAAAACAUCGCCUUGUCCCCAACAGGUAUUGCCGGUUUGCUAGCCAUGAGUCUACUGGGCAGCGUGGGGAGGUCAUAUGAUGAGCUGGCCGAGGCACUCGGAUUCUCUCAAGAUGUAAGCAUCAAUCGUCAGAAUCACGAGAUGUUUGGGGAACUGUUGAAUGAUUUAAAUAACAAUGAGACAGCUAGUAAAACUAUAUUCUCGGACGCUCUUUUCAUCGAAGGCAAGUCAAAUCUCAGAGAGGCAUAUCGGAGUUACCUGGCCAGGGUUUACCGUGGGGACGCCAUUGGUGUCGACUUUGCUGACAGAAGUACAGUUAAGGCAUUAAUCAAUGAAUGGGUUAGUAAUAUGACUAAAGGAAAAAUUCCGGAUUUCCUUAAAGAAUCACUACCAGCCGACACAAGGGCGGUGUUACUUAGCGCCUUAUAUUUUAUCGGCCAGUGGGAAACCCCGUUCGUGCCUGAGUACACGUUAAAAAUGAAUUUUACGACACCCAAGAAUGACGUUGAAGUUGACAUGAUGUUGAACUUAGGAAACUUCAAACACGUCUACUCCAUUGAAGAUGGUGUUCACAUGGUAGCCCUUCCUUAUAACGAUAGUAUCACAACCAUGUAUGUUCUAAAACCUAGACGACCUGAUAAACAGAGUAUAAAUGAAAUAUUAAACAGCCUUAAUUACACAAGAAUAAAUAAAAUGAUCGACGAAAUGUGCAACCGAAAGGCCAUAAUAAGAUUUCCCAAAAUGGACCUCAAGGUUCACGCAAAUUUGGAAGGACCUUUAAAACAAUUAGGCAUUCAGUCCAUUUUCAUUCCGAACCAAGCGAAUUUCGCUCUUAUGAUAGACGGUGCAAAGGCUGUAAACAAAACGGAAGAGGAAUUAUUGACAAGAAUUAAUGAUGGCGACCGGCUGUCAGGAAUUAAAGAUUUAAAAAGCGUAAUUGAUGCACUCCCGAAUCCCGGCGUUUAUGUCGACUCCAUAUUACACGAUGUCCGAAUAACUAUAGAUGAAUAUGGGACGGAAGCGGUCGCUGCGACAAGUGGUAUUUUGGCAAGGACGGCUGAGACGUUUUAUGCAAAUACGCCAUUCUACAUGUUCAUAAGAAAUGAGAAAACUAAACUAGUCACCUUCAGUGCUGUUGUCUAUGACCCUACUACAUGAUCGAACAAUAAUUUAAAAUUUAUAUAAUUCUAAUUGUUUUUACAAUAAGUUUUAAAUUAAUCCAAUAGCUAGAUUAUUAAAAUACAUGACAUUAUAAAACAAGAUUAAAAUAUACAAUAAAGGACCGAGAUAUUACAUAAAAAGAUCUAAUUAAUUACUUAGUUAAGAAGAAUGGCUGCUGGAUUUUUUAAAUUAUUUAUGGUUUUUUUUUUUUUAAUAACGUUUUCUUAAUAUUUUUAAAAAUCAUUGGCAUUUAUUUCUCACCUAUUUUUUUUUUUUUACAAAAAAAAAAUCCUUAGUUUAUAAAGGGUUUAGGAAUAUGAAGAAAUACAAAUAGAUAUUUAAAGAACCUGUAGAGUAAGAACAAACCAGUUUUGCAUAUACAGAUACAAAAUAUAUUUAAAUAUGAAUAAGUAUAGUCUAUACAUAGUUUAUUUGAUUUUUUUAUAUAAAUUAGUUAAUGAUUACUAAUUAGUCACUGAUUCAUGUAUUAAAUUUUUUAUCCUUUAAAAAUAAAGAUAAAAUAAAACAAA